AUGAGGAAAACAUCGCAGCAAACAACGGUAGGAGUACGCUGGUUUAACUAUGAAAGGCUCACUGAUCUGAACUUUGCGGAUGACAUCGCUCUCACUGCUGAAAACAAAGACAGAUCGCAAAAGGUCACCGAUACUUUCAAAUAAGAAGUGAACAUGAUCGGAUUACGAAUAAGUGCCAGUCAGUCGAAAGCCAUGUCAAUCGGUCAAGCUUGCAUGCAGGUGAACAUCAAUGUGGAGGAUACAAUGUUGGAAAACGUCGACAAGUUCACUUGUCUCGGGAGUACGAACACUCCAGCCAAUAUGAUCACUAUCGUCCCUAUCUCGAAACACGAAGAUCCGCCUGUAUUCUUCCAUUGUGAUCCCUACCGCAAUUUAUAGAAAAAUAGUCUUUGUAAAGGACACGGGGUUGGUGGUGGAGGUCCCACUGGUCAGACAAGCAUAGCAGCUGAAGACUGGGGUGAACAGGAGUGGGACGGCCGAGGACAUAAAAUUAGUCGCGAUCGCUACAAUAAAGUUCAAGAGUGA